UCAAGAAUUGAAAGAGAGCCAUUUAAUUUUUAAAUACUACAUUUUACUAUUUUACAAUAUUUACAGUGGAGGGAGUUUUGAGCUCAGGUUUCAGGUUUCAGGUUUAAAGACCUCAUGUGUGGGUGUAGAGGAGGAUGGAUGUUCACGUGGUGGGUGGAAGUUAAUUGAGAAGUGAGUGACACGCUGUGCCGGAGUUCUGCUCAAACACAAGCCGAGUCCAACAGCUGAGGACAGGACAGCCUACUAAUCACUUGUUAGACGAAGAUCUGACGGGUCUCUUGUGUUGGUGCCAACAUGAGUUGGAGCUUCUUGACGCGCUUGCUUGACGAGAUCUCCAACCAUUCCACUUUUGUGGGAAAGAUCUGGCUCACGCUCCUCAUCAUCUUCCGAAUUGUCCUGACAGUGGUGGGCGGUGAGACCAUCUAUCAAGAUGAACAGAGCAAGUUUGUGUGCAACACGCAACAGCCUGGUUGUGAAAAUGUAUGCUAUGAUGCUUUCGCCCCUCUAUCGCACGUUCGAUUCUGGGUUUUUCAGAUUAUUAUGAUCACCACACCAUCCAUCAUGUACCUCGGCUUUGCCAUGCACAAAAUUGCUCGAAUGGCCGAUGAGGAAUACCGACCACAGAAGCGCAAACUGCUGUCUUUGAUUCACCGUGGAAUGAGCCGUGACUAUGAUGAGGUUGAUGACAUGGGUGAGGAAGCUCCCAUGAUCUCGGAGGAGGUUGAGCCAUCUGAGAAGGAUACUAAAGCAUCUACGGACAAGUCUGCCGCCGCAUCCAAUGUUCCAGAUACAAAGCAUGAUGGUCGUCGCCGCAUCAAGAGAGACGGUCUUAUGAAGGUAUAUGUGUUACAAUUAAUCUCUCGUGUUGCCUUUGAGAUAGCCUUCCUUUUUGGCCAGUAUAUUCUGUAUGGUUUCGAAGUGGCACCAUCAUACAUUUGCACUCGGAGCCCUUGCCCGCACACGGUGGACUGCUUUGUCUCACGUCCCACUGAAAAGACAAUCUUCCUGGUCAUCAUGUAUGUUGUCAGUAUACUCUGCCUGGUGUUGACUGUGCUGGAAAUCCUUCAUCUGGGAAUUGGAGGUGUAAGGGACGCAGUCCAAAGUCGAUCGACUCGGAGGUUGCCCAUGCAUCGGCCAUCCACAUCCACCAUCUGUCAUCGCCUAGCCAGUGCUCCACCGGGAUAUCAGACUGUCCUGAAAAAGGACUCUUCUGGCAAGCUUAAGCCUGAAUUCAUGGGAGACUCUGGACGGGAGUCACUGGGUGAUGACAACACUAGCCGUGAUAUAGACCGUCUACGGAGACACCUGAAAAUGGCACAGCAACAUCUGGACCAGGCCUACCACGCUGAAGAAGUAGGUGCUUCACAUAGAAGCGGUCCUGAACUCUAACAGCAUUGCAGUUGAGCAAAACCGACUUAACCUGGCACAGGAGGGCUAUGUCAACGCUGAGGAGAAAGCUCAUGCUUGAAGCGUCUUCUCCUGUUCAGCUGCUCUCCAUCAAAAACAACCCUACUCCAGGCUGAGAUGCACAUUUAGGAGGGCAGUCGUUGACCAGAUUCUGUGUUUUUCCUGUUCUUCUGACUCUUCAUCGAAUGGACUAACUCAAAGAUGAGAUGCAAAUAAUGGAGAGCAGUUAUUGACAACAUUUUGUGUGCGAUCCUCUAUUUGUAUAUCAGAAAAAGUGUUAUUUACAGUAUUAAAACCAUAGCUGCCAUAUAUAAUGACAAGGAAAAUCACCCGUUCUUAAAAUCCACACUACUGGAUCAUUAUAUCCCAAGCAAUUAUAUCUGCUCACAUUGUUUUGUAACAAUAGCUCAAGAAGAAAGACCCAAUUCUUUACUGUUGUUGAUGAUAUUUUCAUUAAUGUUAAUUAUUGUCUGUUUUAGCAAAUCAGUAUAAAUUGAAGCCAGAAACAGUCUUCCUGUUCAGAUCAAUACAAUCCUUGUCUAUAAAGCCUGAAGCAUUUGUGUAUUAUGUUAUGUCGCUUUUUGAUUAGAGUAAAGUCUGCCUGUGUGGUCUGAUAUUUUUGGAAUAUUGUCCUGUAUGUAAAUGUCAUAUGUUAAGGGAGGUUGCUUUUCACACAGAAUUGACAUUGUAUUAAGAACUUAUGAAUAAAACUAUUGCAAUACAUGUGCAUUUGACCAGAUUUCAAAACUACUAAGAACCUGGAAAAUGCUUGAAUUGUUUAUUAAAAGGUUUCAUGCUCUGUAUUAUUAUAGAAAUUAAAAUUUGUGGUGCAAGUAUGCAACAUGAUGUUGCUUUACUUUUAGUAUAUAAUAUAUACAGUAUCUGUGGUUUACAUGGGAUUUUUUUUUUUUUUUAACUGGAUUUCAGAUUUUGCAAUGAUAUUAUUUAGAUGCACGCUAUUUGUGUCUUUGUUGGUGAUCAAAUUAAUAUUUAAAGAGAUAUAGUUCACCCAAAAAGGAAACUUUUGUCAUAAUUUACUCACUCUCAAGUUGUUCCAAACCUGUAUACAUUUCUUCUUCUGAACACAAAAGAUGAUGUUUUAACCAAAUUGACUUCCAUAAUAUUUUUCUUUCUUUCCCAUACUAUGGAAGUCAAUGGGGCCCAUCAGCUGUUUGGUUACCCAUAUUCUUCAAAAUAUCUUUUGUGUUCAGCAGGAGACAGAAAUUCAUACAUGUUUUGGAACAACAUGAGUAAAUGAUGAACUAUCCCUAUAACUCAAAGUUUUACACCUUAAGAAAUGAAUAGUAUUUUGACAAAUCUGUUUGAAAUUGUGUAUACAUGAAAUGAAGACUCAUUUUUAUUGUUUGAUAAAUUCUGAUUUCCUUCAAUUGUAAGUCAUUUUGCGUACUACCAUCUGCUAAAUGAAUAAAUAUCAGUGGCCUAGAAA